AUGGCUUCCACCGAGCAGAAGACGUGGCGUGCUGCCCUGACCUUCGCUGGCGGAGCUGUCAUUGCCCAGUACCUUUUCGGUUCUGGCCCUAUCGUUGCACCAGCUUCCUCAAGCCUUGAGGCGUGCCUCAAUGAUGUGUGCUCCGGCCGAGACGACUGCGUUCGAUUCGGUAACACGGCCGAAUGGGCUCAGCCGUUCAAUCUCGGCCAGAGCUCCGUCCCGGCCGCUAUCAUCAGACCAAAAACUGCCCAGGAGAUUGCGGGCGUCGUCAAGUGUGCUCUCAAGCACGACACCAAGGUCCAGGCUAAGGCUGGCGGACACGGAUUUGGGCAAGCUCUGCGAGGUGCUGGCGCUGGCUUCGGCAUCGUCACCGAGUUCGUGAUGAAGACGCAUCCCGCCCCAGAGGAGGUUUUCUUCUACACCAACGACUUAAAGUUCAGUAAUCUGGAUGACAAGGUUGAAGCAUUCCAUAGCUGGCAGACGCUGGUCGCCGACCCAACCCUGGACAACCGACUCGGCACCGACUUUACCUUGACCCCUUCAGGCGUACGCAUCUCGGCUACGUGGUACGGUUCAUGGGAGGAGCUUCAUCAGUCCAACAUUAUGGGCAGACUCCCGGCUGGCGGUGCUGCUUCCCUUAGCCAGGAGACUUGGGACAGCUCCAUUGCGAAGAACGCAGCUGAGGAGUCACGUCACUUGUCUGCUAGCCCUGGCAAGUUCUUCUCUAAGGGUCUCGGCUUCACUCCGGACGACAUACUUUCUCGGCCUGCAAUCGCCGAACUCUUUGAAUUAUUAGAGUCUCAAGCAGAGGAAAACUCCUGGUCGAUUCGGUUCCAGGCUGUGGGCGGUGCCAUCUCAGAGGUCCCCACAGGCGCAACGGCUUUCGCCCACCGCGACAAGUUCAUGUUCUACCAAUCCUACGCCGCUGGAGACUGCAAGACUACUAAGAACUUCCUCGAAAACUUCCACCGGAAGAUCCUCAACACCGUACCAACGGAGGCUACUGGAACUUACCCUGGAUUUGUCGACACGUCACUGAGGGAUGCGCAGGAGUCGUACUGGCAGGGCAAUGUCCCGGCGUUGGAGCAGAUCAAGACGGUUUGGGAUCCAAAGGAUGUUUUCCACAACCCGCAGAGUAUCCGUCCGAUAACUGCUUAA